UCAUCCAAAUAGAGCGAAUGUAAGAAAUGGGGGUUGACUCAUCUAAGAUCGGGUUUUAUGCCCGCGGUAUUGGACUGCCAGAUGCUUUUAAACCAGUUGAGAGAAAUCACAGGGAUUCAGGAUCCGUCCUGUCUUCACAAUGCCCUGAAGGCCGCUAACGGUGAUCUGACAGAAGCCGUCACCAUCCUCACCGAGGAGCAGGUUAAAGAGCCUGUCCAGGAUGCCGUUGCUGCAGAACCGUCCAACGGCGAAGGGAGUGCUGCGGGCAAGGGACUGCGGACCGAUGUGAUUGAUCUAGCACCGGAUAACAAAGAUGACCUCCAAGCAGUCAUUGCUCUCAGCUUAAUGGAGUCUCCGAAAGUCCAAACAGUGGAAAGGGAUGCUAACGGGUCAGUGAAUAUGGCCCACGAAACCAAUGCUGCAGAAAACAAAAAUCGCUCCAAAAGGAAACGAUGUGAAGUCUGGGGAGAGAAUCCCAACCAAAACAACUGGAGGAGGGUGGAUGACUGGCCUGUUGGAUUGAAAAACAUUGGAAACACGUGCUGGUUUAGUGCUGUCAUACAGUCUCUUUUCCAGCUGCCAGAAUUUCGGAGGCUGGUCCUUGGUUACACUCUCCCACAAAGCGUGCUUGAGAACUGUCGAAGUCGCAACGAAAAGAGAAAUAUUGCCUUCAUGCAGGAACUUCAGUGUCUCUUUGCCUUAAUGCUGGGAACGCACCGUAGGUUUGUGGACCCCACUGCAGCGCUGGAGCUUUUGAGAGAGGCGUUUAGAACAGCUGAAGAGCAGCAGCAAGAUGUGAGCGAAUUCACCCACAAACUUCUGGAUUGGCUGGAGGAUGCGUUUCAGCUAGCUGUUAACGUUAACAGCCCUGGAGACAAAUCUGAAAACCCAAUGGUACAACUUUUCUAUGGGACUUUCCUGACCGAAGGGAUCCACGAGGGCAAGACCUUUUCCAAGAUAGAGGCUUUUGGCCAGUAUCCCCUUCAGGUAAACGGUUAUCGGGACUUGACCGAGUGCUUGGAAGGGGCCAUGGUAGAGGGGGAGAUUGAUGAGAAGGCAACAACUCAAUCGGUGAAAUACGGACAAGAGCGCUGGUUUACGAAGCUCCCUCCAGUAUUGACUUUUGAGCUUUCCCGGUUUGAAUUCAAUCAAUCGCUGGGGCAGCCGGAGAAGAUUCACACGAAGCUUGAAUUCCCUCAGAUAAUUUAUAUGGACCGGUACUUGUACAGCAGUAAAGAGGCCAUUCAGAAGAAGAGAGAGGAGAUCAGGUUGUUAAAAGAGCAAAUCGCAGUUCUACAGGAGAAACUGGAAAGAUACAUGCAGUACGGCUCUGGCCCAACCCGCUUCCCCUUGCCUGACAUGCUGCAGUAUGUCCUUGAAUUUGUCACCGCCAAGCUGCCUGCGGAUGGUCCCUCCACCCAGGAGUCGCCGGUGGCCCCUUCGGAGCCCCAAGCAGAGCCCCGUGUGUUGGAUGGGCCUCUGCUGCAAAACAGUGCAUUAAAAAUGGAGGAUGCUGAGAAACCUGAAGAUGCGGCCUCUGCUCCAGCAGACACCCCGCCGCAGCCAGAACCAGUGAGCAAGCCGGUCCACUCCUCGGCUUCGCUGACGAAAGUGCCUGAGCGCCCAGCCCCUCACGUGGCCACCGAGGAGGAAAUGAGCCUGGUUCGGACGUGCCUGCAGCGCUGGAGGAGUGAGAUUGAACAGGACAUUCAAGAUUUGAAGGACUCUAUUGCCCGAAUCAGCCAGUCCAUUGAGAAGAUGUAUUGUGACCCUCUCCUCCGUCAGGUUCCUUAUCGUUUGCAUGCAGUCCUGGUUCAUGAAGGCCAAGCAAAUGCAGGUCAUUACUGGGCCUAUAUCUAUGACCAGCCCCGGAAGAGCUGGCUUAAAUACAAUGACAUCUCAGUGACAGAAUCAUCAUGGGAAGAGCUGGAGAGAGAUUCGUUUGGAGGCCUGAAGAAUGCCAGUGCCUACUGCCUGAUGUACAUAAAGGAUAAGAUGCCACGCUACGUUGCAGAUGAUGAUGCAGGGGCUGGGCAAUUCCAGAAGGAAGUUGAAGACCUGCCACCUGAACUGAAGCAUUACAUACAAGAGGACAACUGGAGGCUUGAGCAGGAGGUGGAGGAAUGGGAAGGGGAGCAGUCCUGCAAGAUCCCUCAGAUCGAGCCAUCGUCUGCUUCUGAAUCUCAGGAUUUCUUUUCUGAAUCAGGACCAGACCAGCCUUCAGCCUGCGAGCCUGACCUGCACUCGCUGUCUUCCCAACACGCCAUGAUGGCGAAGGAGCAGACCGCCCAGGCCAUUGCCAACACAGCGGAUGCCUACGAGAAGAAUGGUGUGGAGGUGGCUCUGUGCAAGCUGGAGGAGGCUGAACCAGCAAAGGCCCUGCCAAGCGCAACAGCCCCUAAAGCUCAGGCAGAACAGCAACAGGAUGCUAAAGGGACAGAGUCUGCUGCCCAGCCUGGCUCGCAGGUCUCUGAAGUGGAGAUCCCUAGUGUGGGGAAGAUUCUGGUUAGAUCUGACGCAGACGGAUAUAACGAGGAGGUGAUGCUUAGUCCAGCCAUGCAAGGUGUGAUCCUGGCUAUUGCCAAAGCCCGUCAGACCUUUGACCGGGAUGGGUCUGAAGCAGGGCUUGUUAAGGCCUUCCGGGAAGAGUAUUCCAGACUGUAUCUACUGGCCAAAGAGACCCCGACGCCUCAGAGCGACCCCCGGUUGCAGCAUGUGCUUGUCUACUUCCUGCAGAACAACGCUCCCAAGCAGGUGGUGGAGCGGACGCUGCUGGAGCAGUUUGCGGACAAGAACCUCAGCUACGAUGAACGGUCCAUUAGUAUUAUGAAGGUAGCACAAGCUAAGCUGAAGGAGAUUGGCCCUGAUGAUGUGGAUAUGGAAGAGUACAAGAAAUGGCACGAAGACUACAGCUUAUUUCGCAAGGUGUCUGUUUAUCUGCUGACGGGGUUGGAGCUCUACCAAAAUAGGAAGUACCAGGAAGCGCUGACCUACUUGGUGUACGCCUACCAAAGUAACACCACCCUGCUGAGGAAAGGGCCUAACCGGGGAGCAGACGAAUCACUGAUUGCUUUGUACAGAAGAAAAUGCCUGCUGAAGCUGAACGAUGUGGCUGCAGCUCUCUUUAUAAGCAGCGAUGAGGCGCACGUGGCAGAUGGCGUUAGCAUCCUGAAUGAGCUGAUCAUCCCCUGCAUGCACCUCAUCAUCAACAACGACAUCUCACAGGAUGACCUGGACGCCAUUGAGAUCAUGAGAAACCGCUGGUGUUCUUACCUGGGACAAGAAGACAUGGACGCAACUCUGCAAAUGAAGCUGGGUGAAUUGCUCCCCAGGCUGCUGGACUGCUCUGCAGAGGUGAUUGUCCUGAAAGAGCCCCCGAAGAUCCGGCCCAACUCCCCCUACGACCUCUGCAGCCGAUUCGCCGCCGUGAUGGAGUCCAUCCACGAGGCCUCAACCGUGACUGUGAAAUAGGCCGCCGACUUCUCAGCGGUAGCUGUGAUAUAUUGUAAACCACUUAAGUGCGCUGAAUCCUGCCAUCGGACGUGCGAGCGGGUGAGGGAGGAAAAAGAGGUAGACCAUUCGCAUUCAGACAGACCUAAUGCAUACUUUGUAAAUAUGAGGGGAGGGGAAAAAAAGACAGAGUUGCACUCUUGCAAUACCAUUGUAAGCUGAAAUGCAAAGAGCAGGAACACCGUACCUCAGACUGCUCAGUAUGUGACUGGCAAUCGCAGCUGUCUUGCACUGACAAGGAUAUGGAAAGGGCUCUUUGAAUAUUGUGGCACUCCUUUGAAAAAAAAAAAAGUCCAUCAGGAAUAAGUAGUUGGGACUGUGUGGACAGCGGGUAGCAGAGCCGGUCAGGACACCAACCAAACUAGCAAGUGUCGCCGACCUGUUAGGCUCACCCGCACCUUUCUAACCUCUCAGGUGCAAGAGAUUAGACAUCCAUAUGUGCCAGCAGCUUGGCAAGCAGUCCAAGUUGGGUGAUUAAGUAGCGAGGAACGAUAGCCACAGUGGAUACAGUGCAGGCCAUCAUUCAUGCAGCUGCAUUUUUUUUCAGUUGAACCAAGCCCAAGAAAAGGGCACCUCUGUUUUUCAGCCAGCAAAUACACUGGGCUCUUCUUCUGAGGGAGAUGAAAGUCAGCGGUGACAGGGCCGUGAGACAGGACAGGCGUUCUGCACCUUGGUCAGGGCCAUGGUCAUAGCUCACUGGCUAGAGAAGAGACCCCUUCCCCGCCAUGUCCCCCAGAGAAAUGGAAAUAUGUGUUCCCCUCUCAGAAGUGAACAUAGCUAUUUCCUCCUCCACCUCCUGUAAAUUGUAAUAGUGAGUUAUUGAUGAUGAACAGGAACACUGGACACACCUGGAGAACCUGGUCUGCUUUUAUAUCCUUCGGUGAUGAUGCAUCUGGGCAAUGGGGAGAGCCCCAGCUGGAUGCGUUUUAAAGGCCGUUUGCAUUUUAUUUGGAUGAUGAUAACAUUGUUUCAGACAAGCUGUUCCCAAUAAAUGGGAAGAAAUCCUGUUGGAUAGGAAUGUGCAGGUUUUAUAAACAUGCAAUAAAAGCAGUUGUUUUAUUUUAGAAAAAAA